AUGACGGGCCGCGGCGCUUCCAGAAAAUUAGCCCCGGUGCAAUUGGUGACAUGCAGCCUUAGUGCUUUGUUGGAGUGGUCCCCAAGCGGCGAAUCCAAGAGCAGCCAAGCGGGAUUACCCCCAUGUUUCCCGCUGCCCAGCACUAUUAAUUUCGUCAGCAAGCUGUGGGAGGCUACACAAAGCGUUGCCAUCGUGGACGAAUGCCCAUUCCAAGUGGUAACGGCGCGAAUUCGGGGACCUGUCCGUAACUUGGUUCCCCGUAACCCCGCGAAUCACCUAAUUGGACUCGAUCUCUUUUUAAAAAGGAUGUCUGACGCUAUUACCCCACGUGAAAGCGUACCGCUGGUCAGUUGUGAGGAAGGUGGGACUGUGUUGCAAGACGUUGUCGGCCUUGACUGGACGCCAUCUGCCAACGCCAUUGCUCCUCUCGGCAUUGUCGGGACAAUAUUACUUCGAGAAAAAACAGAACCAUUUGGCCAUCACGUAGCAGCUAUGCCAACUGUAGUGUGGCAGGCAAAAACAGACAACUGGCAGCCCGUUCGUUGUAUGGACUGA